AACACACGCGAAACGAAGGACCGGCGUGGUGUGGUGAACGCGUCUUUUGUGGAAGGAAUGCAUGAAUUCGUUGCCUUCAAUGGGAUGAACAUCAUUCUAGGCCUCAUCUCGUUCAUGGUCAACAUCUUACUUUUAUCCGUUCUACUGGGCUCUCCAGUGUUAAGAAGGAAAACUGAGGUAUUGCUACGAAUUCCGAUGGAAAGUCUUCCAGAUGAUUUGCAUAGAGCUCAAUAUACACCAAGUGACUUUUCUUCUUAUGUGGUGUUGAAGGUGAUCGACACGCUUUCGAUUCCAGUGCGGACGUGUUGGCAAUGCGCCACUGAGCCGUGGGUAGUAUUCAGAGUAUACGGUAAACGCCUUAUUAUAUUGAAACUAUAUUCCCAAAAAUAUGCAAAAAGGAUAAACAAAAGGCGUUCGAUGUUCAUCAGUGCGAAAUUCUGGUGCGGAAGGAAGGCUUCCUUUGGCGACUUUUACGCAUCAUUCAUAUAUUUUAUGGAUAUUUUCGGUUAUAUCUUCAGCUUUAUACUAACUACAACUUCGUAUUUUAAAAUCGCUCUCAUCGAUCAGUACGUUGGAACUGUAGCUGCUUUCAUAGCUAAACCGACCAUCUAUCUGACAUGCAUCAAUUCAAUGCUCGGAAUUUUCGUCUGCUUGGCUCUGUACGGCGAGUUUCGGGUGGAAUUCAUUAAAGUACUUCGUAUGGUAUUUUUUCGUCAUCGGUGA